AUGGCUAAAAUACUUGGUAUUUUUGCAUGUCUUCUAAUAGUAGCUGUGGACAUAACAGCUGGGAUUCUUGGAAUCAAAGCCGAAGUAGCUCAAAACCAGGAAAAGCAUUUAAGGCUAUGGAUAUUUGAAUGUAAAGAGCCAAGCCACAAAGCCUUCCUGCUGGGGUUAGCUGCAGCCACUCUUUUGGGUCUAUCACACGUUCUUGCAAGCUUGAUUGGUGGGUGCAACUGCAAUGUCUGUACUCAAGAAGAGCUUCAAAAAGCAUCCCCUAGCAGGCAAUUAUCGUUGGCAUGCCUCCUUUUUAUGUGGAUCAUAUUGGCUGUUGGAUUAUCCAUGCUGGUAAUUGGGACCAUAGCUAACAACAAGUCAAGAGCAUCUUGCGGGUUCACCCAUCAUCACUUUCUGUCCAUUGGAGGAGUUUUGUGCAUGGUUCAUGGACUAUUUUGUGUCGCUUAUUAUGUUACUUCCACUGCUGCAUUCAGUGAAUAA